CGCGUACCCGCUAACUAGUUAGCCAUUUCACAUCCGUUACACAAGCCAACUAGUUAAUAAAAUACUGGGGCUAGCGGUCAUUAGUUACAUUUCAAUCAUAGCGAUAGCCUAAUUGAGGCGCAAUAGAUUUCACCGGCGAAUACCGGAAAUAAUAACUAAACCAACGAACGAGAAAUGGCGGAGGCUAUCAGAAUGAAAAUACAUUUUUCCCAAUAAACGUGUAAACCCGUAAGAGAAGGACAAUCACCUCCAGACAGGAGCAGCAGACCUGAGUUAGUCGUGAGACCGAAGAUAACUUUGCAGACCAGUUCACCAUGUCAGCAGCUGUGAAGGGGGUCAAAGACUCAGUAAAGAUCAAACCGGAAAAUUAAAGUUACUGCACACUCGAACUUCAGAGUGGCUGUUCCAAGUGAAAUAUGCAAUUACAUGCUAAAACGUGACCGGAUCUCGCUGCCUCAUGCUUGCUCUGCACAACAAUAAUACCCAUUGUAAAAGCCCAUCUGAACUAUCUUUCACCAUUUCCUACCGAACUACCUCCUUGUUACACACGCCUCUAGGAAGAGGGAACGCAACACCCUGCUACAACUCAACUCCCUGUGGUGUGAAAGAGGUAUGGGACUGUAGGUGCGAGUAAGGAUGACAAAAGGCAGAACAUUUGCCGUUUACUAGGAAUUUAUUCCGUCACACGGUAAUAUGGGGAAAAUGGUCUGGACAGAACCAAAGCAAAGAAAGUAAAUGUCAAAGCCCCCUCUAUCUUACCUGCCUACCCACUACUUAUCCAACUUAACACCACCUGGUGCACUAACCAAAAUACAGGGUGGUCCGCCCAGGUCUUUCCUGUGAAUAGACUUCGGGUAUAUCUAUGCCCACGGGCCUCUUGCCUAAGCACUCCCUAGGUGCCUUUCCCCUGGGAACAGAUGAAACAGGAUAUUACAAACUACUUGACAACAACUGAGAGAAAAAACUAAGGACAUUAAAGAAGCUCUCUCUCUGAACAACAAACACAGAACACUACAAUCAGCAACAACACACAGUACAUAACAAAUCUCUUAGCAACAUGCUACAGCCAUCAGCCUCCUCUCUCAGCAAUCAUCUCCCUCCUGAGCAAGAGAACACUGGUUUAUAUAGCUUCAGGAGUUGGUAAUUGAAGACAGCUGCGUCCUGAUGAGGCGGCGGGGUCAGCUCUCCAAUUAUCAAUGGGGGCCGACCAAUCAGCUGCUUGGGGAGAAUUUCAGGAAGCCAUUUCCUGAAAUACACUCACAAAUACACAUACUACAACACAGAAACUGGGGAACGUAACACUCCUCACUUGGCACAGAUGUCAGUUCUACGUCUACUUUGGAUUAACAUUUGUUUGAGUUGUCAACGAACCGUGAAAUCAACAAUAAAUGUCACCAUGUCAUUGGAUUUAGGUUAGAAGUUGGAUGAAAAAAAGACUAAAUGCCCUUACGUUGAUAACUUUUUGCAAAUCUAUAAUCUGUUUUUCACAUUGAUUCAAUGUCAUCACAUUGCUUUUUUUGGGGAUGAAAUGAUGUGGAAACAAACACACAGAUAAUAUUGAUUCAAACAGUUUUUGCCUAGUGGGUCAUGUCUUCAACUCACUGAUCAACAAUGGAGACACCUGUCCCUGAGCUGUUGCUGACCAUUCUAGAGGACAAACUGUGUGAAGAAAAACUGAAGAAAUUCAAAUGGCACCUGGUCCAGGGUGUAAAAGGUUUCCCUCAACACAUCCCAAAGGCCCGGCUGGACAAAGCCGACCACCAGGACAUUGUGGAUAAGAUGGUGGAGACUUACGGCCUUGAGGGCGCAAAGAAGAUCACACUGGAGGUCCUGAUGAAGAUGAAGCUGAUUGAUCGCACUAAUAUGUGGACAGAACCAGCAGCCCGGAGUGCUCCAGCAGUGGUUCAAAAAGUCAGAGAUGAACUGAAAUCGUACCUAAAGAAGAAGUAUGACCAAAUAUAUGAGGGGACGUCAAAGAAAGGGGAUUUCGUCUAUCUAAACAAGAUCUACACUGAGCUUUACGUGAUAGAUGGGGUCAUGGGAGGGGUCAGUGGUGAUCAUGAGGUCAGAUGUCUGGAUUCCAGAACACCAGCCACAGAAGAGACCAUUAAGCUCAGUGAAAUAUUCAAACCCCAGCCUGAUCAGAAGAAACGAAUCAGAACAGUGCUUUCACUGGGUAUCGCUGGAGUGGGAAAAACUGUCUCUGUUCAGAAGUUUAUUCUAGACUGGACAGAAGGAAAGGAGAACCAGGACAUUGACUUCAUCAUUCCACUUCCUUUUCGCCAAAUCAAUAAAAUAAGAGCAGAAGACUGCAGUCUGAUUGACCUGCUUCAUCAGUUCUUCCCCUUCAUGGAACCAAUCGAUACUCUGGAGGAAGGCUUUAAGGUUCUGUUCAUCUUUGAUGGUCUGGAUGAAAGUCGACUCCCUCUGGCCCUUAAUCAUAAUAAAGAUGUGGCUAAAGACACAAAAACAGCUCCGCUGGACGUCCUGAUCACAAACCUCAUCACAGGACAGCUCCUCCCUUCUGCUCUCAUCUGGAUAACCUCCCGACCUGCAGCAGCCAAUCAGAUUGAUCGAAACUACAUCCACCAGUGGACCGAGAUACGAGGGUUCAAUGACCCUCAGAAGGAGGAGUACUUCAGGAAGAGAUUCUGUAAUGAUGACCAGGCCUACAGAAUCAUCAACCAUAUAAAGUCUUCAAGGAGCCUCCACAUUAUGUGUCACAUACCAGUGUUUUGUUGGAUUUCAGCCACUGUUCUGAAUGAUAUCCUGGGUAAAACUAAGAGUGGAGAGAUGCCAAAGACUCUGACUAAAAUGUACGAACACUUCCUGCUCUGCCAGACUGAUAAAAUGACAGAACAGAAGUAUCCCACAGGUAGUAAAAAUGCUGUCCUUCAACUAGCAAAACUAGCAUUCUGUCAACUGCAAAAAGGACAAUUGAUUUUUUAUGAGAAAGACCUGCGAGAGAGUGGUAUUGACAUUGAGGUGGCUAUAGUGUACUCAGGUGUGUGCACUGAAAUAUUUCUAGAGGAGGAGAAAGUGUUUAGCUUUGUGCAUCUGAGUGUUCAGGAGUUCCUUGCAGCUCUAUAUGCUUACCACUGUCACACAACAUACAACAAUAAUGUACUUCUCCCAAAGCUGACAAGGAAACAUUCAAUAUUUUGUUUUGGAUGUAUUCCACAGUCUUGGACAUCUGUGUUUGACUUACAUAAGACGGCAAUCGACAAAGCCUUAGAGAGCCAGAAUGGACACUUGGACCUUUUCCUCCGCUUCCUGCUUGGUCUUUCACUGGAGUCCAAUCAGAGACUCCUGAGGGGAAUCCUACCAGAGACAAAGAACCAAGAGGACAUUGAGAAAACAGUCAGGUACAUCAAGGAGAAAAUCCGAGAGGACCUUUCUCCAGAGAAGAGCAUCAACCUGUUCCACUGUCUGAGUGAGCUGAAGGAUGAGUCUCUGGUGCUGGAGAUCCAGAGCUAUCUGAGAUCGGGGAGUCUGCCAGUGAAUGACCUGUCACCUACACAGUGGUCAGCACUCACCUUUGUGUUAAUGACAUCUGAGGAAACACAAGAGGUGUUUGACCUGAAGAAAUACAUCAGAUCAGAGGAGGGCCUCCUGAAGCUGUUGGCAGUCAUCACCUCCUGCAGGCGUGCUCUACUAGAUAGCUGUAACCUUACAGCAAGAUGCUGUGAAAUGUUGGCAAAAGCUAUCGGCUCAAACUCCUCUUACAUGAAAGAGCUGGACCUGAGUGACAAUGACCUACAGGAUUCAGGAGUGAAACUGCUAUCUGCUGGUCUGAGGAGUCCACUAUGUAAACUGGAGACACUAAGACUGAAUAGAUGUAACCUCACAAAUAACUGCUGUGUAGCAUUGGCCUCAGCUCUGACUCUGAGGUCAAACGCCUCACACCUAAGGAAGCUGGACCUGAGUGACAACAAUCUACAAGACUCAGGGGUCCAGAAGCUUUCUGAUAGACUGAAUGAUCCACAAUGUAAACUGGAGACACUGGGGUUGUCGUUCUGCGGAGUCACAGAGAAAGGCUGUGCUUAUCUGGCUUUAGCUCUGAGGUCAAACCCCUCCCACCUGAAAGAGCUGGACCUGAGAUACAAUCACCCAAGAGAUUCAGGAGUGAAGCUGCUCUCUGCUGGACAACAUACAGUCAGUUUUCACCCUGGGGGAGAAUACUGGUUCAGCGUUAGAUAUGUCUGUAACCUCACACUGGACCCGAACACAACAUGCAGAAAUCUAUCUUUGUCUGAGGAGAACAGGAAGGUGACAUGGGUGACCACGAAGCAGCCAUACCCUGAUCACCCUGAGAGAUUUCACUACUAUGCACAGGUGCUGUGUAGAGAGGGUCUGACUGGCCGCUGCUACUGGGAGGUCGAGUGGAGUGGGAAUAGGGUUGAAAUAGGUAUGACAUAUAAAGGAAUCAGCAGAAGAGGACAGAUAGAUGACUGUGUUUUGGGACACAAUGACAAAUCCUGGUGUCUAGAUUGUGAUGGUAACCAAUACACUGCCUGGCACAAUGAUGAGGACACUGCCAUAUCUGUCUCCUCUCGCUCCAACAGAGUAGGAGUGUCUCUGAUUUGGUCGGACGGCAGUUUGUCCUUCUAUAGCAUCUCUUCUUCUAACACGUUGACACACCUGUACACAUUCCGUACCAAAUUCACCGAGCCCCUCUACCCAGGGUUUAAUAUUACAAACAACUCUUCAGUGACUUUGUGUCAUAGAUACCGAAUGAGAAGUUCCCAGGCUCAAUUUCCACCGCAUAUAGGCAAGAGCCUGACACUAUGCAACAGAGUGAGACUUGAAAGGAGCGCACCUUAAAAUUGCGGUGGGAGAGAGAACCUGCUACAGUUGUUUAGAUAGGAUUUUGAAAAUGAAGAUUCUGAGUUUAUAAAGUGAAAACGAUUUCUAAGAUGCAUACUUUCACAUAUCAUUAAGUCCUGCAUUCGGACACGAGUCCUGUAUUCAGACACGAGUGCCAGAAAUGUUCCAAAAAGCGGAAUCUGCAUUGAUUACCAUGGAGAGUGGAUGUUCCUAUUCCGCUUUGUCCGGUGGAGUGGGCCAGAGGCUCCUUUCAAGUCCUGUUUUGAGGCCUUGUGAAACCAGAGGGUUCCAGAGAGCCGGCUGGGUGGAGAAGCACUAUCUGUUGGAUGUAGGCCCACAGACGUUCCCUCCUCUGUGUAGUUCCAGUUACACUCUAACUGGAAUGUCAGCUGCAGGAUAGCAAAACUAGGGGCUUGUGGAAUGUCAGCUGCAGGAUAGCAAAUCUAGGGGCUUGUGGAAUGUCAGCUGCAGGAUAGAAAAACUAGGGGCUUGUGGAAUGGAAUGUCAGCUGCAGGAUAGCAAAUCUAGGGGCUUGUAGAAUGUCAGCUGCAGGAUAGAAAAACUAGGGGCUUGUGGAAUGUCAGCUGCAGGAUAGCAAAACUAGGGGCUUGUGGAAUGGAAUGUCAGCUGCAGGAUAGCAAAUCUAGGGGCUUGUGGAAUGGAAUGUCAGCUGCAGGAUAGCAAAACUAGGGGCUUGUGGAAUGUCAGCUGCAGGAUAGAAAAACGAGGGGCUUGUGGAAUGGAAUAGAGCUGAUCACAGGCUAUUUGAUCAAAUGCAGUUUGAAUGAGCAGGACUUGUCCAUACUACUCUCUCUAUAUGAUUAAUGUUAAUCUCACCCCACCCAUAGCUGUCACUAUUGAUGAGGAAACACACCAAUCUAGGUGCUUUAAACCAAAUACAGCAUCUGGUCCUGAUGGGGUUAACCCCAUCAGGACCUCACAAAGCACCUGUGGUUUAACCACAUCAGGACCUCACAAAGCACCUGUGGUUUAAACCACAGGUGUUUUGUGAGGUACUUCAUUACAUACAUGUUGUCUAUGUUAAUCUUUAUGGCAAAUAUCCCAAUGGGUGCAAAACACCACACAUAGUCAUGUGAAGUGUCAGUCUGUAAAAAGAAAAAAAAGGCAAAUGCAGGGCAGCAAUUCAGGCCAAUAGCAUUGACCUCAGUCACAGAUCAUGAAGUGUUUUUAGAAGGUUGUUCAGGAGCAAGUCUGUGCUCUCCAGGACCCUCUACAAUAUGCCUACAGGAAAAAGAUACGGGUUGAUGACCCUUUGCCCUGUUUUUGUUUAUCUAUUUUAGACGACCAUAUUUAAGGUGGACUGAUUGUGUCAUGUUUUAUAUCGUUUAUUGCUCUUUAUUUUUAUAUGCAUAUUAUUCAAUUGAUCCUUGUGAAGUGAUGUAUUGUACUUUGCACCUGUACCUGUUACUUAAGAUGGGACAGAGGUCCUCCACGAUUAGCUAAUGUAUUCAGGAUGUAUUGUACAGUCAUUUGGUAUUUUAUUAGGAUCGCCAUUAGCUGUUGCAAAAGCUGCAGCUACUCUUCCUGGGGUUCCACACAAAACAUAAUACAGAAUGACAGACAAGAACAGCUCAAGGACAGAACUACAUGCAUUUAAAAAAAGGCACACGUAGCCUAGAUAUCAAUGCAUGCACACUUUUCCAUUGAUUCUAUUGGAUUUAGUCUAUUCCAGUGAAUCUUUUGGCUGUUAUAGACUGUAUAAUACAGUCUCUUAUGAACAUCAUUAUGAACUUGUUUCAUCAGUCACUAGUACUCUGGUCAUUGUCUUUGCUGGUGACAUCACAUUUCUCCUCUGGAGAUUAAUUCAUCUCUCGCUAACAGAUGUUCCGUUUCUACAAUUACGCAAGAUUUUAGGUCUGGGUUAGGGAUGAAUUAAUGUAACAGGACUGUGUCCAUGUACAUCUCAGAUGCUAUCUGGUGAGUGCAAGUUGAUUACCUGUUUGUUGUGAAUAAAAAUGGCUGACCCAAUGGAAGCGUUGAACUAUCCAGGGAUACUUAAAUAGAUUUAGCAAUAGGAACACUUUUUUGUAUUACACGACACUUGAUGUGAUGUUACAGAGAACAAAACAAUCUUUUUUUUUAUUUUUUUUAUGCUGUAUUUCUAUUCUGUUUAUCUGAAAUAAAUCAUAUUUAACAAUGUAA